AGUUUCAGUGAAACCACUAUGCCAACCUACAAGCUGACCUACUUCAACUCUCGAUUCUACGCCGAACCGGCUCGCAUUCUCUUCCAUCUUGCGGGGGUCCCAUUUGAAGACAUCCGAAUCAUCCAUGGAGAUGGUACUUGGGAGCAGAUUAAGGAUAAAACUCCAUUUGGUCAAGUACCUGUUCUGAACAUCAAUGGAUUUGAAAUUCCUCAAUCUACUGCAAUCAUCCGCUACCUUGCAACCAAAUUCGGAUACGCUGGGAAAACCCCGGAAGAGCAGGCUUGGGCUGAUGCAAUUUGUGAUCAAGUCAGAGACUUUAUGGCAGUUCCAUUUAAAGAUAUUGUAGUGGCAAAACGUGUUGGAAAGACAGAAGAGGAAGUGUCACAGCUUAUAAAUGAAGGAUUCGUCCCUGGCAGAGAUGCUUACUUCAAAAUCAUCACAAGGAUCCUUGAGAAGAACAAGUCAGGUUUCCUUGUUGGUGAUGGAAUCACAUUCGCCGAUAUUGUUGUCGUGGAGAAUUUGACCACGUUGCAGAAGAAUCAGCUCUUUGAAGCUUCGAAAUAUCCAGAACUGGCAGCUCUCAGAGAGAAGGUCUACGCGAUUCCAGCCAUCAAGAAAUGGGUCGAGGCUCGUCCAGAUACUCAGUAUUAAAUUUUGAAAAACAAUUUUUUACAAUAAAAUUCCUUGAUUUCA